UUUCCCAAUCGCGGAUGGCAUAUAUGCCCCCCUACUGUUUGCCUAUCGCGAUGUGCGCUUUCUACGUCCUUCUCCGUAAGCAUACACACCACGCACACUCGCAUGCCUGUGUGUUCCCCCGCCACUGGUGCGCUAUGUAGGAAAAAAGAAAGCAUCGGUCCCGAUACAGGAAUUCCAUUCAUCGAUCAAGCAGGUUGGCGGGUCAUCCCUUUGGGAUCUGCGAUACAUCGUAUCUGUGUAGCGAGCACACCAGACUUCAACGCGUACCUUUCCUCGAGUGUCGCGUGAACCCCGAAAGGGCGCGAUCGCAGCUGGUGUGCCCUGUUGGAAGCGAACAAAUCGAUCGAUCGUCGUGUGCAAACGAUGUGUAAACAAAAGUGAUGAGGUGGACUGCAAAUUAGAGCGGUUAUCAUUUGGCGAGGCAAAAGAAAGUGAGCGAACACUCGUGGAAGGAAGAAAGUUGGUUACUUCCCAUCAUUCCCCAUCAUCGUUAGCAUCGCAGCAUGGCGUUUCUAGCAUCGUUACUGCUGUUCCUGGGCGGACUGCUGCUGGUACGGCUGGUGCAGCUGCUCGUUUCAGUGCGCCGUGGCCAGAAUGGCACCGGCGUGCCGCCCCGCACCACACCCGCCCGCACGAUGAUUGUGAUGGGAUCGGGUGGGCACACGGCCGAAAUGUUGCGCAUUGUCGAGCGCCUGGACGGGGAGCGCUACUCUCCGCGGCAGUACGUGAUCGCCAGUACGGACAAAACCAGCGUCGUGAAAGUAAUCGAGAGCGAGGUACGGCGGCAGCCCGACACGCAGAAGCAAACGUACGAAAUUGUCACGAUUCCGCGCAGCCGGGCUGUACACCAGAGCUACCUCAGUUCCGUGGCGACGACCGUGCUGUCCCUGCUGAGCUGCGUGCCGAUCGUGCUGAAGGCCCGUCCGGAGCUAAUCCUCACCAACGGUCCCGGCACCUGUGUGCCCGUGUGUCUGGUCGCGUUUCUGGCCCGCCUCCUCUUCCUCAACACCAAAUGUCGAAUAGUGUUCGUCGAAAGCUUCUGUCGCGUGCGCAGCCUUUCGCUGAGCGGUCGCAUCCUGCUCUACAUCGUGGACAUGUUUGUGGUGCAGUGGCCGGAGCUGCUCGAGCGGACGGCUACCACGCGGCAAGACGUGCGUUGCUUUGGGCGAUUGUAACGCCUCUCCACAGCGAGCCCAGUUACGAAGCAACAGGUGCACGAUCGGCUUAACUUAAUCAUUACUAAAAUGUUCACAAAGGGUACCAAUGAGCACAAUAUAACAGGUUUAACG